UGCAUCGAAGGAUGAUGGAUGCACUUGAGGAAAGCCAUAAAAGGCUUAGUAACCAAUUUGCAGAGGAGCUUAUGAAGGUGCAGCUCCAUCUACAGGGGAUGCCAAGUUCAAAUCUGAGGGACCUUGUUGACAACACACGCGAUGAGGCAGUGAUUCUUCCAUCUGAUGGUAAAGGUGAAGAGGGAGGUAGUGACAAAGGUUAUAGUGAUGGAGAUACUGCUGAAGGUGAAGCCCAUGAUCAGGAAAGAGGUAGUGAUGAAGGUGAUGAGGAUGGAGAGGAAGGAGACAGUGAGAAAGGUGAUGAUGAAGGAGAUAAAGGGGUGGAGUCAUCAGAUGAAGAGACUGACAAGGGAGAAGACCAAAGGCCAUCAAAGAGAACAAUCAUUCCAAGUCGUCAAGUAACUUCUCCAUGGAUUUCCAUGUUGAAGCCUGUUAAGAGGAGAAAGAGAGUGAUAACUGAGAAAGACAAGUUUUUCAACAUUGUCUCUCGUAUGUGUUCACGGGAGGAGGGUCAGAAGAUUAUGGUUACAAUGUGUGAUGAACAAAUUGAUCGGGAUCAAUUGCGCACGAUAGGUGGAAUCGAAAGAGUGAGUAGCCCUCUAAUAACAAUGGUCGGUAGGGCAUUAAUGGCAGAGGCAGGUGAGGGAGGACAAGUGAGGCGACACAUUUUUGAUGCUGAGUUCAUGAUGAAAAUGCUUGGUAACCCUUCUCAGUGGCGAGCAUCAGAGAACAAACGUGCUAUUUUGCCACAGCAUAUCGGGUACAACCUAGGUGACUGUGAUUUAAUAUUUGGACCCGCAAUUGUUGAGUCUCACUGGUUUUGCUUUGUGUUGGAGCCAAAAACAAUGCAUUUUUAUGUCCUGGACUCCAUGAGGCUGCCUAAUGAUAUGCCAAAGAAGACCAAGAAGAAGGAUUCAUUGGAAGAAAAAAGGAUGUUUCAUCUUCAUGCAUGUAGAGACAACUUUUAUGAUAUAAUUGCAUUAGUCAGACCUCAACUUGUUGGGAAGAAGCCUAAGACUGAUAUUAUUUUUGCACCUGUUCCACAACAGAACAACUUGAGAGAUUGUGGUGUUCAUGUGUUGAUCUGGCUAAGCAAAUGGGUCCCGGAUGUGACAUUUGACUUCAAUGAGAAUCAUGUAGCUGAGUUUAGGCGUGAGCUAAUGUGGUGGCUAGUUAAUCAUCCGCAAAAUUCAAGUCGUGAAGAAGCCUUAACUCUCCUCUCAGAACAGCAGAACAAGACAACCACCAAAAGACGACGUUUGUCAUAGUACUUAGUAGGAGGUUCCUUUUACAUGUCUAUGUGACACUCUGAUGUAGUUCCAUGUUAUUUAACUUGGGAGAACAUUUAUGUACAUGGCAGAAGGACUGAUUUCAAGAUUA